UUUAAUUAAUUUUAAAAGAAUUGUCUAAAAUUUAUAUAAUCCUGUCUAAUUAAUAUACAUAGGGGCAAUUAAUAUACAUAGGGAUGUACAAGAAGGAGAUUCUUGGUCCGUAUUGCUUGCCACCUCAGUCAUGAAGAGAAUUCAUAACUCCAACUUCGCAAAAGAGAUGAUCUUCGUAGAUUCCACGAGUGGUUGUGAGGGCUUGUCAUCCACAAUGACCAUACUGCUUGCUGCUACCAAAAUAGGAGCUCUUCCGAUAAGUGUUUUAAUACAUUCUGGACAAACCAUGGAAAACUACAUCAACGCAUUUGCCUUGUUGAAGAAGAAUUUUCCUUUAUGCUUUGGUGGGAAUGAUCAUCCGGAAAUAGUUAUGACUGAUGAUUCAUCAGCUGAAAGAGGAGCAUUAAAAAAAGUCUGGGAGACAAGUAAUCGGCUGCUCUGCCAUUUUCACUUUGCACAGGCCGAUUGGCGUUGGCUCUUCACACAUAAUAUUCCCAAAGAUGAAAGGCCACGUUUGAUGAGACUCUUUCAAGCUGUGAUGUAUGCUGCUUCUGAGCAAGAAUUGAGUGAGGCCACAUCAAACAUUUUAAAAGAAAGGAGCAAGUUCCCAGACUUCAUAAAACGAUUUGAAAAAUUUUAUGAGCGCAGAGACGAGUGGGUGUUGCUCUUUAGAGAGGAUAAACUCACUCGUCAGCAUAACACAAAUAAUUAUGCUGAAGUUUCAAUUCGCAUAAUAAAAGACAGUGCUCUGUCGAACCAAAGCUUUUAAUGUUGUGGCAUUGGUAGAAUUCUGCAUUGGAGUCUGGAAGUCCUACAUACAAAAAAGACUCCUUGAUGUCGCCUACUUGAGAAAAAGAGAUGGUAUGAAUGUUUAUGCGACUCUUCAAAGAAGAACCACGUCAUUUGAUACUACCAAUAUAGUAUGUGAAAAUGAGGGUUUAUUUAAGAUAAGAAGUGGUGUUAAUUUUUAUGAGGUGAAUGCCAACAUAGGCACUUGCUCCUGUAAAGCUGGGGUAUCUGGGGCAUUUUGCAAGCAUCAAUGCUUUUUGAUGGACCAAAAGAAAAUUAAAUUCCCCAAUGCACCCCCGAUAUCCCAGGAAGAUCGCCAUCAAUUGGCAUUAUUAGCCUGCGGAAGCAAGUGCCCGGACAUUUCCUUUUUCGAAGAAUUUGAUCAUUCAAGAAACAAAUUGGAGGAAGAAAAAAAUGAACCAGCCUCAAAAGAAUUGCAGGCUCAACUUAAGGGAGAGUUAUACAGACUUGCCAGCCUAGUUUCUGAUGAAUUAGAAAAUAAUUCAGUAACUAGGCUGAUAAGCUCCCUGAAGAAAGUUAAAACUGCAAGAGAGCUGCAAAGCACAUUUAUUGUAAAAGCAAAACCUCCAACUGGGCGAACAAAGCGCAUUAAGGUGCAGCCUACUUCAAUAAGCCGAAGAAAAUCUGCAUCUCGGAGUAGCAGGAGACUCCUUGCUGGUGCGAGACCUCUUUCUGCAGGAAAAAGACUUAAGCGGAAGCGCCAGCUUUCAAAAAACAUAGCAAAAAACAUUCAAAAUGCUAAAUCACAUGGGACUGCUCAUUAAGCAACCAAAGUAAUCCCAAUAAAAAAAAUC